ACCCGAGCCUGUCCGAUCUUGUCCGAACGAUUUCCGAAUAUCGUGUCGUACUGUUAAAAUGGCCGCUUGGAGAGUACUUCAAGAACACAGUCAAGAAGAAUCUUGAAGUGGUAUGAGAGGCUUUUGCACACUGAGACAGAGGAGAAAAAUGCUCCGUCUGCAGAGGGUCGAAGGGAAUUGCUAUGAUCCAUCUCUACAACCAGAAAAAAUUUUGCUAAAACCGACUGUCACUCGUCUCGGACGCAGUGAUGAAUAUUCAGAUGUUGUUAUUGACAGUGUGAUAUCUCCUUUAAUGAUCAGUCGUGUUCACGCUGAAAUUCAUUUCAGCAAUGGAAAAUUCAGAAUUGAUUGUAAAGGACUGAACGGGCUGCUAGUCAACAAAACAAAGCGUAGCUCUGCUGUCCUAUGCGAUGGUGAUGUUGUUGUCUUUGGAGGUGCUGGCGUUAAAACGAAAAAAGGACAGAGUUUGUCAGCUUACGAUUCGGAGCUUGUGUAUGUUUUCAAUGAGGUCUGCCAGAAUGAUUCUGAAGAAGUGGGCACCCUUGGGGAAGGAAAAAGCGAUGGAAGCGUGCGAAGGCGAAGCAAACGGAAAAAGCCCGCAUCACUAAGUGAAGGAGUGAGGUAUGGGUACAUAACACUCAGAAGUAGGGGUAGUAAUGAUGGGGAGUAGGGUCACUUGACCUAGAAAAGGAAUGUA